GACCACACCCUAGCCCAUGUCAGGGUCAGACACGCGCUGCUGCUUGGAUAUCCACAAGGAGUCACCACUCUCCUCCACCAUCGUGAGAUCCAGGGAAAGUCCUGUGGACAUGGGCAGACUCCGUACACGUCCUGACACACACCGCGGUAGACCUAGGCCAUGGUCUGGAAGGAAGGGAUGCUCACUGGGGCUUGACGUCCUGGGCAUCUCCAAAGGAGUGGGCCUGAGAGCUUGCUGACUGCCAUCUCUCUUUUCCCCUGAAGACACGAAGCAGGAUCCUCUUCCAGCCCGCACCCCACUCUGCCCCUCAAAGCUGCAUAGGUGUCAGUGGUCUGACAGUGCUUGGGCCUGCCCUGGCUCAUGUGUGCGGAGAGCUGGGCCACACAGAGGCUCUCUCCUAGGGAUGAUGGCCGCCCUUCACACUACUCCAGACUCCCCAGCUACCCAGCCGGAGCCUGCAGAAGAUGGGUCGGAAUGUGAUGCUGACCCUGAGGAGGAGGAGGAGGAAGAGAAGGAGGAGGAGAAGGGGAGAGAGGAGGCAGAGGUGGAGGCAGAGGUAGCCGUGGAGGAAGAGGAAGUGGCCACACAGGCGGAGGCCAACUCAGAGCACAAGGCUGAUGCUGACAGUGCGGAGGAGGUGCUGGCCGAGGAGGGGACCCAGGGGCAGCUUAGCAAUGGUGGUGAUGUCAGGUCGCCAGUUCAAGGAAAAGCCCUGCAGGCCCCCCGGGCAUCUCCUACUAUUCAGGAUGAGGAACUGGAGGAAGAGGAGGAAGAGGAAGAUGACGAGCAUUUCCUGACUCAGGGGCUGGUGACUUUUGAAGAUGUGGCUGUGUACUUCUCUUUGGAGGAGUGGGAGAGGCUGGAUGUGGAGCAGCGGGACCUCUACCGGGAAGUAAUGCAGGAGAACUAUGGGAUCCUGGUCUCCUUGGGAUACCCAAUCCCUAAGCCAGAUCUGAUCUUCCACUUGGAACAAGGAGAAGAACCUUGGGUCCCAGACAGCCCCCAUCCUGAGGAGGGAGACAUCGUCACCGGUGUCUACACGGGAGCCUGGUUCUGGAACGAUGACAUAGAGGACCAUGAGGAGGAAGAUGACGAGGACUUCCUUGCUGAGAUGGCAGAGGAGGAGAAUGAGCCCCCUGGGCUAUGGUCUGCAGCCUAUGGUGUGGGGGAUGUGCCUGGGACUUGGGGUCCUGACGACUCAGAUUUGGUGCAGGCUCCAGUUGGUUGGGGACCCAACCCAGUUAGUCUCGGUAUCCUGGCCGAAGAGGUAGGAGCUAAACAUUUCCUGUCUGGCCGGGAGCCUGGGGAGAACUUCCUGGCUCCCUGGGCAUUUCCUGCAGUGGCUGUCCCCAUCGGACAUCCAGAGACUACUUGCAACGUGUGCGGCAAAGUGUUCCCCCACCGUUCGCGCCUGGCCAAGCACCAGCGUUACCACGCGGCCGUCAAGCCCUUCGGCUGCGAGGAGUGUGGCAAGGGAUUUGUGUACCGUUCGCACCUGGCCAUCCACCAGCGCACCCACACCGGCGAAAAGCCCUUCCCGUGUCCGGACUGUGGCAAGCGCUUCGUCUACAAGUCGCACCUGGUCACGCACAGGCGCAUCCACACAGGGGAGCGACCCUACCGCUGCGCCUUCUGCGGCGCAGGCUUCGGGCGGCGCUCCUACCUGGUGACCCACCAGCGCACGCACACAGGAGAGAGGCCCUACCCGUGCCUACACUGCGGCCGGAGCUUCAGUCAGAGCUCAGCGCUCGCCCGCCACCAGGCUGUGCACACUGCCGAUCGUCCUCACUGCUGCCCGGACUGCGGCCAGGCCUUCCGCCUGCGCGCCGACUUCCAGAGACACCGGCGCGGCGGCUGCACGGAACCCAGCGGCGGCGGUGGCACGGGGAUGGCUCCCCACGAGCUGGAGAUGGCAGUCGCAGCUGUAGCCACAGCGGAGCCAGAGGAAAUGGAGGCCAGGCACGAGGAGACGGAAGAGCCCGGGACUGGUGUGGCAGAUGGAGAAACCGAGGCUGAAGCCAGAGAGGACGAGGAGGUGGUAGCUGCAGCGGCAGAAGCCACUGUCCCCCACAGCAAGAAGGACCCUGAGCCAGACAGGCGGUUCCGUGAGAUGGGCAACGGCCUGAGCGAAGGGCCUUCCUCGCACCCGCUCGGCUUCCAUUUUCCCAUGCACCCCAAGUCUUGGCUACAUCCGGAUGGUUUCCCCAUACUGGGGUUCCCCGAGUUCUCCGAACGAAUGCAGGCCGACAGGCGCCAUCUCUCUGGCCCCCUGGGCGCCCCGCUGUCCCUGGAGAGCACGGGGUUGGCUUGUGACUCGUUCCGCAGCGCGGGCUCCAGAGUCGGGCCGGAUGGUGGCCUGCGAGCGUUCGCUCCAGCUGUCGGGUCGCUGCUGGCCGAGCCCGCACCCUCCGCAGUGGCGGAGGAGGAGAGCCCGUGGAUCUGCUCCGACUGCGGCAAGACAUUCGGGCGGCGGGCGGCCCUGGCCAAGCACCAGCGCUACCACGCAGGCGAAAGGCCGCACCGCUGCGCCGACUGCGGCAAGAGCUUCGUGUACGGCUCGCACCUGGCGCGCCACCGGCGCACGCACACGGGCGAGCGGCCCUUCCCGUGCCCGGAGUGCGGUGCUCGCUUCGCCCGCGGCUCGCACCUGGCGGCGCACGUGCGCGGCCACACGGGCGAGAAGCCGUUCGUGUGCGGCGUGUGCGGGGCGGGCUUCAGCCGGCGCGCGCAUCUCACGGCGCACGGGCGCGCACACACGGGCGAGCGGCCCUACGCGUGCGGCGAGUGCGGCCGGCGCUUCGGCCAGAGCGCGGCGCUGACCAGGCACCAGUGGGCGCACGCCGAGGAGAAGCCGCACCGCUGCCCCGACUGCGGCAAGGGCUUCGGCCACAGCUCGGACUUCAAGCGGCACCGGCGCACGCACACGGGCGAGAAGCCGUUCCGCUGCGCCGACUGCGGUCGCGGCUUUGCGCAGCGCUCCAACCUAGCCAAGCACCGGCGCGGUCACACCGGCGAGCGGCCCUUCCCCUGCCCAGAGUGCGGCAAGCGUUUCUCUCAGCGAUCUGUGCUCGUGACGCACCAGCGCACGCACACGGGCGAACGGCCGUAUGCAUGCGCCAACUGCGGCCGCCGCUUCUCGCAGAGCUCGCACCUGCUCACGCACAUGAAGACGCACCGCGGGCAGGCAGGUGCGCAGGCGCAGAGCACCACUGCCAAGGCCCCGGCACCUACCAAGGUAACGCCGCCUCCGCCGCCACCGGGGUCGGGUUCCGGGUCCGGAACGCUACUCGAGUUCGCAGGCGGAACCAGCUUUGGCUCCGAUCCCGCCGCGUUCGCCGGGCCCUCGGGCGCCUACGAGGAGAGCGUCCAGUGAGGUUGGUCGAAGUGCGCGGCACCUCCCGCUCCUCGACGCGGGCUGAGGAUUCCCAAUCUUGGGUGCCUCUGGGCCCUAUCGCCCCGAGCUUCUGAUCUCGCUUGGGUGAGCACGGGCCACCACCCUGAUCAAGAGCGCCUCAUCCCUGGAGGGAGAGCGGGCAAGGCCAGUUCGUUCAUCACGGAUUCCGAUUCAGGUGGCCCGUAGAGCCAGCGGCUUAGGAGUCUGGCUCCGGCUUUCUGAUAAGCGAGGGAGAAGCCCUAGCGUCGGGAGAGAGCGAGAGAUCAUUCGGCUGCUCUGCUCCUCAUCUGGGUUUCUUGGUGGGUUUGGCUUCUUCCCACUCUACUACGAGAUUCAGGAACCGUCUUCCUGUCACUUGAAUGUGUCCAGGAAGUUUUAAGAACGUGGUUCGUGGCAGGCAGGAGCCUCACUAGGCUUCGGAGGGAUGGAGUUGCAAACAGGGAAAGUUUGUGUUCUGUCGACUGUGGGUGUUUAUUUCCAUCUUUUGUAAGGCGUGAAGACUGGGGAGGAGUUGAAAAAGCAAGAUACCAAAUGGGUAGCCAGGUUGCAAAUGUUGACUAGAUCUGCGGGGAGUCGGAAGCCUUAUUCUUUGAAAACCCUUACUCCAACCCCUGAACACAGGUCUGUGGAGCACUGGCUACAGGUGGGUUUUGGUAUUGGUAUCCCCUCUAAGCUUGUUGGUUCUCUAGUGGCUGCAAGGGGCACACGCGGACAUCUUCGGAGUGCCUGGUGUGGGCAGAGUAGUUCCCUCGCAGCGCCCUCCGCUGGAGCAGGGGACUGCUCCCUGUGCUCAGCCUUUCACAGUACUGGGGUGGGUCCAGGAACCUUCCCUCUCAGCUUCUAAUAAGGGCCCUACAUCCUCUGCAAGCCUAACUCUGCUUCUGUAAUCACCCUAUCCUAGAGGCAGGUAGUGCUCCUGCCUCGGAUGGGUCCUUGGCCCACAGAGGGACUGGUGACUUGCACAGUGCUAGUGGUCCACAUAAGGCAUCACGCGGACCUGAGCUCACAGCGCCUUACUAUGCAAGGCCUUGCACAGUGCAUAGCUAACUCUCCAGCCUGGACUGCUGGCAUCUGAGGUGUGGCUCGCACAAGCCCCUCCCACCCUCCAUGAAUUCUGGGCUAGUGUGACUGGGAGCUAAAGAAGUGAGAUUUCCAGCUGCAUCCCCUUUUAGACCUAGAUCCUUUGUUGUAGUGUAGAGACACCCUUGGGGCCCAAGAGCUAACAGGCAGGCUGCUAGGUGCUGGGUGGGUAGUCCAGGGGUGGGAGGAGCGCUGGGGUGGUGAUGGUCAGAACUUACCUGACCAGGUGAGGUAGAGGGGGAAGGCAUGGGUCCUGAUUGCUCAGCAGUGGCCUCUCUGUCCCAUUUUUUUCUUCUUCCUUGUCUUCUGGGACAUGAAUUUCAGAAAAAGCCAAGGCAGGGUGGGCUGGAAGGGUACCGUUCUCAUCCCUCCUGGUCCCCAGCGGUUCCCACCCUGCCCCUCUGCUGUGGGCAGGAGGACCUAGCUUUAAUAAAGAUGGAGAAACAAG